GAGUUCAUCUCCGGCACCGUGCGCACGGUCCUCGAGUGGGGCGCCUUCGUGAACAUCGCCCCGGGCGUCGACGGCCUCGUGCACAUCUCGCGCGUCUCCGACAGCCGCGUCGAGGACCUCCAGGCCGAGCUCUCCGUUGGCGACGAGGUCAAGGUGCGCAUCAUCGACGUCGACCUCGACAAGGCCACGCUGGGCCUCGCCAUGAACACGUACCGCGACCCCACGGCGCCGCCGCGGCCGGGCCGCGACGACGCGGGCGGCGAG